AUGAGUGAACCCAAGAGAUCUCGUUCCGGGUGCUCUACUUGCAAAACAAGACACUUGAAGUGCGACGAAUCCAAACCCGUGUGUCUCAACUGCACCCACAAAAACCUCCGCUGCCGUUACGGCUUAAAACUCCAGUUCAAAGAAGACUUGGAGUCCAAAAACAAGGCUUUUGGCAGACAAGGUGUCUGGUCCAAGCGCAAAAAUCAUGAUCGGACUUCCAGCACGGUAGUACCUAAGGACCACAACUUCCACCGGUUUGUGGCGGUCCGACUGCAGGAAAAACUCAUGUUGUUAAACUACACCUACGAUGACUUUGAAUCACCACCACCACAACCUCUUCAGCUACUGAUGGCUCCAUCUAGUGUCCCACAUGCCCUCAUAAGGGGAUUUGAUGAUCACGGUCUUAUAACCUCCAACAGCGACCUUGUGUAUACGCUUGUGUUUUAUAUAGAGCUGGUGUCACCUAUGCUCAACCCAGUGAACAUGGGAAACUUGAAAUUCCACCACGGUGCCAGUCUGUUUCUAGGCGGUGAUAACACCAAAAUGGUGGUGCACGAGGGUUUGGAUGUCGGCUCAUUGCUCCAGUAUAGUCAGAAGUACCCGCACGUUUUGUCGUUGAUGUUGGGCCUUAGUUCGAUCUAUCUCUCGAAAUCUGCGUUUGUGGACAAAACACAAAGUCAUUACUGGAGGAUGCAGGGCAUACGGUUGCGGAACCUCGGGUUACAGCACAUGGCCAAGAGCUUUCAGGGCGAGCUGGCAGAAAUUAGAGUGGAUUUGUGGGUGUCGUUUCUCAUCAUCACGUUAUAUUACUUGGCAGAUGAGUGUAAUGACAACUGGAGCAACCAACUCCGAAGCUGCCAGCAGUUGCUUCGCCAGAGUGAAGUGCGAGCGGUCACCGACCCGGUAGAACGCAAGCUUUUCACCUACACGGUCGAGUUUUUCUCGUAUCAGGAGUCGAUGGGCCGCACCGCCUGCCAUAAGUCCAACGUCUUCAACGAAGAAUGGACAAAGCACCUCGGGCAGGCGGAAGGAGAGGUGGUAUUGAUUCCAUGGAUGGGCUGCGACAAGCGGUUAAUCAGGAUCGUCAGUGAUAUCACCGACUUGUCAAUUCUGGCUCUUCCACAGCAAACUUUCAGAGAAAAACGGGCUGCCAUAAUGGAUGAGCUUGAAAACAUCAAAAUGAAACACUUCAAUCCCGACAACUUUCUCUACAUGAUCGACAACUCGCUUUUAGACCAGCUGCCGGCUAGCUGUGAUGACAACUACGGGUGUUUAUUUUACUAUUAUGACCAAAUUAGCGAUGAGGCUGCGAAUAUGGAAGAGUUCUGUUUUCUACUUACGUGUGAGAUCAAACGGUUGUGUGGGUUGUUAUAUGCUACCUCGUGUCUCUACUACCAGUCACCCAGCCAGCCGUCUAUUGUCAGCCUCGUCACCAAGAUCUUCAACUAUACCAAGUUCAUCAUCAUCAGCAACAACUUCUUCUGGAGUUCGUUGACCUGGCCCUUGUACAUGAUUUCGACGCAGUUGGACUUUGCAGACCCGAUGAGCGAGGUGCAAAAGUUGGAUAUUCUUAAUAUGUUUGACAUGAUAGAUCAAAAGGGAUUGGGAAACGUGGGAAAGGCCAAGUCUGCGGUGGAAACUCUCUGGAAAAAGCGAAGUUUGUAUGAUAGGGCGAAAGGGAAGGAAAAGAAGACGUAUUGGGAAUUUGUUGUGGAUCCGGUGUGCAAUAUUCUGUUGGUAUAA